AUGGCGGAGGGGAUGAGGUUUGACGAGAGGGUGGUGCUGGUGACCGGCGCCGGAGGAGGUUUGGGCAGAGCAUAUGCUCUGGCUUUUGCUGAAAGAGGAGCUUCAGUGGUUGUGAAUGAUCUUGGAGGUGAUUUCAAGGGAUAUGGCAAGAGCUCCUCAGCUGCUGACAAAGUUGUCAACGAAAUCAGAGCAAAAGGAGGGAAAGCAGUACCCAGUUAUGAUUCAGUAGAAGACGGUGAAAAGCUUGUGAAGACAGCACUGGAGGCUUUUGGGAGGAUAGAUAUUGUCAUAAACAAUGCUGGGAUCCUAAGAGAUCGUUCUUUUGUUCGGAUAAGUGAUGAAGAUUGGGAUAUAAUUCAUAAAAUUCAUUUGAAGGGAUCAUUCCUGGUCACUCGAGCAGCAUGGAAUCAUAUGAAAAAUCAGAAAUUUGGCAGAAUAAUUAUGACUUCCUCCGCUGCUGGAAUAUAUGGAAACUUUGGUCAGGCAAACUACAGUGCUGCAAAACUUGGCCUUUUGGGUCUUUCAAACACAAUUGCAAUUGAAGGCCGGAAGUAUAACAUCCACUGUAACACAAUUGCUCCUACUGCUGGAUCCAGACUGACCCAGACUGUCAUGCCACAAGAUCUGGUCGAUGCUUUCAAACCAGAGUAUGUUGCUCCCUUAGUUGUUUGGCUUUGCCAUGAGAGCUGUGCGGAGAAUGGCAGUCUGUUUGAGGUGGGAGCUGGAUGGAUUGGAAAAUUGCGCUGGGAGCGAUCCUUGGGUGCUAUUGUCAGAGGAAAGAAUCAGCCAAUGACACCUGAAGUAGUGAGAGAUAAUUGGGAGAAGGUCUGUGACUUUGAUAACGCCAGUAAACCCAGAAGUAUCCAAGAAUCCAUAAGUGUAUUGAGUGAUGCACUAAGUCAGAUAGAGUCUCAGAGGAAUGUUUCUAUGAAUUCAACAAGCUCUGGAUCAGUGAUCUCUUCAUCUGUUGACAUGGCAAGCAUUGUUGGCCAGGAAUUGGCUACCAACGUGUAUAAAUAUACUCACUUAGAGCCUAUUCUGUAUGCCCUUGGUGUGGGAAUGUCAACUAAGGAUCCAGAUCACCUAAAAUUUCUCUUUGAAGGAAAUGAAGAGUUCUGUUGUUUACCUAGCUUUGGAGUAAUUCCUGCUCAGAGUUCGAUGUUUGAUGGUGUUCCUUCUCUUCCAGGACUAAAUGUCAAUCUUGCAAAGAUGCUGCAUGGUGAGCAAUAUCUGGAGCUGUAUAAACCAUUACCAACCUCAGGUGAAUUAACUUCCGUUUCAACCAUUGCUGAUAUUCUCGACAAAGGAUCAGGAGCAGUCUUGCUUAUAGAUGUGAAUACCUAUUGUGGAAAGGACCUAGUGUGUUUUAAUCAGUUCUCUUUGUUUUUUGUUGGAGCUGGAGGAUUUGGUGGAAAACGAACAUCAGAAAAGGCCAAGGUGACAGUGAAUGCACCCAAAAGACCCCCUGAUGCUGUAAUGUCUGAUGUCACAAGAGCUGAUCAGGCUGCUUUGUAUCGGCUGAGUGGGGAUUGGAAUCCUUUACAUGUUGAUCCAAGUUUUGCUGCUCUUGGAGGAUUUAAGAAGCCUAUACUUCAUGGACUAUGCUCCUUUGGGUUUGCCGCUAGACACAUUUUGAAGCAGUUUGCAAAUAAUGAUGUGAACAGAUUCAAGGCGAUCAAGGUUCGUUUUGCAAAACCAGUCCUUCCAGGGCAAACCUUACAAACAGAAAUGUGGAAGGAAGGAAAUAGAAUCCAUUUUCAGACCAAGGUCAAGGAGACUGGAGAAAUUGCUAUUGCAGGAGGCUAUGUGGAUAUAGUACAAACCUUGGAUAAGACAUCUGUUCAGGAGCCUCUGAAGACUGCAGGGAUGCAAAGUGACCUUGUGUUUGAAGAAAUAAGUCGUCGUGUGAAGGAGAUUGGAAAUGAAUUGGUAAAGAAAGUAAAUGCUGUAUUCCAAUGGGACAUCACUAAAGAUGGAAAGACAGCAGUGCAGUGGA